AUGUCAACCAAGAAGGCAACUGCACAGUGCAACACAGUUUGUCACCUCAGUCCUCAUUGUUCCUACGUUUUAAAGUUGACAGCUGACUUUGCCUUUCUUCAGUAAAAUGGACAGUGCUUUUGAUAACCUGGACGCAGCUGGUUUCCUGGAAAUCUGGCAACACUUUGAUGCAGAUGAUAAUGGCUACAUUGAGGGCAAAGAGCUUGAUGACUUUUUUCAGCACAUGAUGAAGAGACUGGGUCCACAGGAGAAAGUGACUGAAGAGAGAGUCCAGAAGCUAAAGCAAAGGUUUAUGUCCGCCUAUGAUGUCACUGCUGACGGGAAACUACAGAUUCAGGAGUUGGCCAAUAUGAUUCUCCCUGAAGAUGAGAACUUCCUGUUAAUUUUCCGCAGAGAAGCUCCUCUGGACAACAGUGUUGACUUCAUGAAGAUAUGGAGGAAGUAUGAUGUUGACAGCAGCGGCUACAUAUCAGCGAAGGAGCUCAAGGCUUUCCUGAAAGAUCUGUUCCAAAAGGAUGGAAAGGAAGUGUCAUCUGAGAAGCUGGAGGAGUACACAGACACAAUGAUGAAAAUCUUUGACAAAAACAAGGAUGGCUGUUUGGAUUUGAACGACUUGGCCAGGAUCUUGGCUUUAGAGGAGAACUUCUUGCUCCAGUUCAAAAUGGAUGCCUGCACUAAAGACGAGAGAAAGAGAGACUUCCAAAAGAUCUUUGACCAUUACGAUGUUAGUAAAACCGGAGCGCUGGAGGGUCCUGAGGUGGACGGCUUUGUCAAAGACAUGAUGGGGCUGGUCCGGCCCAAUCUCACGAGUCCUGAGCUGGACAAGUUGAAAGGCAUUCUUCUGCGUCACUGUGACUGCAACAAGGAUGGGAAGAUCCAGAAAAAUGAGCUGGCUCUGUGUCUGGGAGUCAAACCUAAACUUGGUUAAGAGACUACUACUUUGUAGUAUAAUGAGAUCCUAUCAUGAAAAACUGACUCUGUAUUAAUUUUAUAGUCAACAGUGACAGAACGUUGUGUUUUGAUCCAGAUCAGUCUAAUUACUGGCUUAUAUAAGGUCGAUAUUUAUAAAGAGUUAUUUGAUCCUGAAAAUUAUAAAACACAAUUGAAACUUUAUAAUACAAUGGAAAAUGUUUUUCCAUUGUAUUAUAAAGUUUUCUUCUUUUAGUUUGGUGCUCAUGUUUGUUGGCUAUUAAUGACUUUUGGCCAUCUGCAUGUUUCUCUGCCGAAGAAGGCUGAAUAAAGUACAGUAUGUUGUUGUCAUUUUAAUAGAAUGCAUUGCAGAGGAAAUAAAGCGAUGAGCAUAUUAGAUAGUAUUGGUCUUAUUCCUAAAAUCUUUGUUUUACAAUAAACAUUGCAUUAUAUUAUAACAAAAUCUUUCAAAUAAGCUUUGGUUAUGUGUACAUGUGUAUGUAUAAGCUGUUACAUUAUCAUAAGGCAGAAAUGCUGUAACAGAAGAAUUAUU